CUCGCUUCUGUUCACUUUGGACGAAGCUUCUGAAAUGUCUCCUCCAAACGAUGAAGUGGUUUUUUUUAAAUAAUGAUAGAGCGGACUUAUUCCUGCAGUGACCACAAUGGAGCUGGCUCUUCUGCUGUGGAUGGUUUUGAGUCUAACAGAGAGCGCAUCAGCAGAGGCAGAACAGUACAGCCGAGCGGUGGAUUGGUUGAGCCGGUAUGGUUACCUUCCUCCUCCAGACCCCCGCACGAGUCAACUGCAGACCAAGGAGGGGAUUGAGAAAGCUAUCAGGGUCAUGCAGAGAUUUGGAGGAGUCCAGGAAACCGGGGUGCUCGACAGCGAAACCACGAAACUCAUGUCCACGCCACGGUGCUCUCUCCCUGACAUUGUGGGGAGUGAGGACAUGCUGAGGAAGAGGAGGAGGAGGAGGAAAAGAUACGCUCUGUCAGGACUCAAGUGGUAUAAGAAAUACCUCACAUGGAGUAUCGACAGCUUCCCAUCGAGCUCUUACUCGGCCGGGCUGCCCAAUGAUAUGGUGGAGAGCAUCCUCACUCACGCCUUCAAAGCCUGGAGUGAUGCGGCCCCCUUGAAUUUCCGUAAGGUGCCGAGUGCCAGCCAAGGGACCGCAGCUGGAGGGGACAUCAGAGUGUCUUUUGCUAGUUUGCUGCACGACGAUGGGUAUCCGUUUGACGGGAGGGGUGGCACCCUGGCUCACGCCUUCUUUCCUGGCUGGGACAAAAUGGCGGGUGACACACACUUUGAUGAUCAUGAGAUCUGGAGCUAUGGAGGUGUGGGCGAGAGCACAGACUUGUUCACAGUUGCAGUGCAUGAGUUUGGUCACGCUCUGGGCCUUUCCCAUUCCUCCACUGACCCAUCCAUCAUGAGGCCGUAUUACCAGGGUCCUGUGGAGGAUAUUCCCAACUUCAAGCUUGCCCUGGACGACAGACUGGCUAUCCAGCAGCUCUACGGUGUGAAGGACAAUAGGCCACCAGGUGGGGUUGACCCUAACCAUCCAAGCCUGCCCCGUCCACCACCUCCAAAACCAACACGACCUUCUCAGCCCUCCUUUGGUGAGCGCUGCCAUGCAAGAUUUGAUGCCGUGGCAAAUAUCAGGGGAGAAGUCUUCUUUUUUAAAGGUGCACACUUCUGGAGAACUAAGCGAGACGGGUCUUUGGUGUCGCUCUAUCCGUCUCAGAUCAAAGACUUCUGGAUCGGGCUCCCGCCGGGAAUAACCAGGGUUGACACAGUGUAUGAGAGGAAAAGCGACAGCAGUAUCAUCUUCUUUAUAGGAUCUCAGUACUGGGUCUUCAAAGACACAGUGGCCAUGAGCGGUUACCCUCGGCCCCUGUCUGAAUGGGGCAUGAAGACCAAAAAUGGGGCACUGGUGGACAGGUUGGACGCAGCUUUUAUCUGGGCUCACAAUGGCAAAACCUACCUGUUUAGCCAAGGGGAGUUUUGGAGGUUUGACGAGAGCCGUAAAGGUGAACAGGUGACCAGAAAUCCGGAUCCUGGCUACCCAAAGGACUCCAGCCUCUGGGAAGGAGUGCCCUCCGACAUGGAUGAUAUCAUCACCUGGGGAGAAGGAGAUACCUACUUCUUUAAGGACAACCUCUACUGGGUCAUAAAGAAUGGAGGACUGAACCAAGAUGUCAUCUCUCCUAAAUCCAUCUCUGUCGACUGGCUCAGAUGUCCCGCUCCACCUUCAACCUCCACUCCAGCUGGUCCUCGAUUCCCAAAGGAGUGCAAGUGCGACUUAAGGGGAUCAUCUUCAAUUUUAAGAAGCAGCUGGAUCCUGCUGAUUUCUGUUUUAUUGGUCAUUAAUGACUUUAUUAGAAAAUAGAUUUUUGGAUCUUUUGUUUGCUCUGAACCUGCUUGGUUUGUACUUGGAUGGUUUGAAUGCAAAUUUGUAUUUAUUCUGAUUGUUUUUGAUUUGUCUGAAUAUGUGUUUUUUUUAUUCCAGUAUAAUUGAACACUGGUGGCUGAUAGUUGAGGUCUUAUAUUUGAUGACAAAGUUUAUCAAUAGAGCAAAUAAUGGGAGUAGGCCUAGAACAGUUUUUAUAUAUUUGUCCUACUCCUUCUCGAGCAUUGAUUGCCUUAUUUGAAUGAUUCAAUGGCAUUUUGAUAUGACUGCUGUUUUUUCUUGCUUAUAUUUUCUUUUGAGUUAUUUUACAUGUUCUAAGAGAAAUAAAGCAAAAUAAUAUUAUGUAAUAAUUGGGGCUCUUCACAGUCGUGUAUGCCUUUAGAACACAUUGCUGAUCUGUUACAGAAUGUCUGCACAUGAGAGUGAGUUGUGUGCAUGUUCUAGGCUCAUUGGACAAUCACAAUCAAGUUCAUAUGCGUUGACAUUCUAGAAUGAUACAAAAGCAGCACACAGUUGCAAUUAAAAAUGUCCAGUUUCAAACAAUAAAUCCAAGAUUGCUUAAAAGUGACUGACACCAGAUCAUUUUAAUUUAAAUAUUCAAGAAAUCACAGUUCUUCAUUAUACCUCAGACCUUCGUUAGACUUUGAUCAGCUUGACAAUUUGGUUACAUUUCAUGUGCCAAUAUAUCCACCAACAAAAAAUAGCAAAGCAAUAUAAAACAUACAACAUCAAAAUGAACAUUUCAAGCAUCAACAACUGUUGCCAAAAUGUAACAACCAAUUUGUAACUUUGUUAAGAUAAGUUCUAUUCAAAUACAGUUAUUAUAAACAUGACCAAACCCUCAGAUUGCAUUAAUUAAUCAAUCACUGCUCCCAGUAGCAUACAUCUGUAUACAAUUUUUAUAAAUACCCAUAUUUAUUAUUUAUUUCACUAGUAAAUACACUAAAGCUACUCAGUAAACUUGGUAUAAUAUCCCUUUCUCAGGCACCUGAAUAUAGCCUUGUCAGCUCAAAAUGGAUAUCUCUUGUCCAUAUCUUGAAAGCAAGAUGUGCAAGUAUGCAAAUGAAAAGCUUAUGAAUAAUUAUUGUCAUUAAUGUGACAACUAUGAUGGUCUAACUCAUCAGAGCAGUAACCACCAUUACAUAUAGAGUCCUCUGAACGAUGACUUGAUAACAUUGUUAAUGAUGUCCAGUAAAGACUUUAGGUAUUGACAACUUGAAUUAGGCUGAAGUCAGACAGGAUCAUACAGGACAAAAA